UUUCACUUAAUGGUACACUUGUGUCUUCUACCGCGAAGGAAAGGGAUGCGCUAAGUAGAUAAAUGAGGAUUGGAAAGUUACUAUCCUAAAUACUUUUUUUCAUCUUAAUUCCAAAUGUUCCCUUUUUCUUAAUGAAGCGAGAACAUCCAGCACGAACCUAAACGUGACCAAAGCCCGGGGAUGGAGAUGGAGUGGGGAGAUCUCAAUCGGCGUGAGGGAGCCGCCAUCCCCUGCCAUAUGGUCCAGGCCUGUAGCAGCUGAGGAAAGCCUGCGGUAGCCCUGUUCUCGUUUUGAGCUAUGGCUGUGGGUCAAAUGUAUGGUUUUCAGGUCUAUAUAAGAGGACUGGCGACGGUGGAGUGUCAGUGUGUAAGCUGAUCCUUGGUGGCGUACUCAGCUCUGCCCCGCUCCUCCUUCACCGCCUUCAGAAUGGCAGUUAGAGGUAGCGUGAGAACAAAAAUGUGACUUUAAAGCAUAACAGUGCUCUAUUAAGUCUCACGAAGGGCUGACUCUUCUAAUCUUCCUCCACCCCGCAGAACUUGUGAUGUUGGCCAUGGUGCUGGCGACGGGAGCUGCACAGGCGAGUGAAAAGAAGGACGAGGGCCGCUUUAUCAUCACGUCGGCGAGCGACAGCAACGACAACCUGAUCAACGUCACGAUCGGCUUGAAUUCAAUCAUCCUGGUGAGCUUAGCGCUGAUUGGCCUGGUUAUUGCCGCCGUGGUGGUGUCGCAGCUCACCGACCAAAGCAAGGAGCAACCGAGCUACCACUCCGCGCCCUCGUCUUACGAGGCAGAGACCGCCCACGACAAGAGCUACGCCGUCCACAGCUACAUCGAGAACGGCGCCGCUAGGUACCGAUAAGAGGACGCCGCCUCCUUAGCCUCCUGACGUCACUGCUGCCGCCACCACCACCAUCACCACCGCAACCACCGCUACUUAGCAUCCCAAUAAUGACGCACCAGUACCGUCACGUAUUAGUAGCACCACUACACUCCAACAUCACCAUACGGCACUUGAGAGCACUACUACCACAUAUUAACACCGUCAGCACCCCUAAGCACUAUCAACACCAUCUCACCUGCACUAUAAGCACCAUCACUGCCACCAUCACCACAUAUCAGCACACUAUCACCUAUCUGCACCACCAGCACUACCGCACACUUGCAUCAUCACCACCACCACUAGCACUGCACAUUAGCAUCAUUAUCUAGCACCAUCACCACCACCCUACACCGCAUCCUCUGCCCCGUGUACCUAUCCCCACCCCGUCCUUGCACCCUGUCCCCUGCACCUGCACCCCACCCCGUGCACCUCAGCCAGGGCAUCUCAAAGCUUAACCAGAGGCAUAACUAAGACUCAUAAUACGUAUACGAAUAUUUCAACCGCUUUAUAAACGGAUUUUUCUCUUUCGCGAUGAAUUCAUAAAAGAGUCGUCCUUACUGGAAAGCGUAUUAAAUUGCAAUGAUUUAAAUAUGUUGAGAUUCUUAAAGAUAUUGAUAGUUUAAUCAUGCGGGUCAAUAUUUCUCAGUACACUUAAAGGACAGCAGCAAGUUUGUUUUUUCGUCAUGGCGGCAUUACUUAUCAAUUAGUAUUCGUCAAAGUAACAGACUACAGUACUGACCUUCAUGAUACACAUGUUUCCCUUUUUGUCUGUAUGGGAAGCUAAACAGCACGCGGUUCUUGUGUAUCUAAGAGAGACAAUGUUUAUAAUUACGUCGUUUAUGAGUCGAGCUAUGGCCUCCUCUUUAUGUUUACACCUAAAUACCCACCUACCUGUUAUUACCCACAUCCCCAUCCUCACCCCUGUAACCUGUCCUUCUCCCAGUAUACCCAGUCCCCCUAUACACCCAACAACCUGUAUCCUAGUCCCCCUACAGUCAAAUAACCCGUAUCCUACCCAGUACCUACAUCCCGUCUCUGAAAUUCCCCCUAACCUGUAUCCCUCCCAGUACCUAUAUCCAGUCACCCUAGUGGUAAUGUGUCACGUAACGUGUAUCCUUCCCAGUACCUAGACCUCAGUUCCUACAUUCCUACCACCUUCCCAGUACCUCCAUCCCGGUCCAUACACUCUCCAGCACCUACAACCGGUCCCUAUAUUCCCAGUACCUAACCUAACCAUAGUACCUAGAUCCUCCCAGUAUUUACACCCUGCCCUACACUUCCAUAACCUUCACCCCAUUCCCUACGCCCCCAUAACCUUAUCUACACCAACCAGUCCUCUAGCCUACACUCCCUCUUAACCUGCAUCCCGGCUCCUACAUCCUGCCUCCCACGUCUUGCUUCCUAUAUGAGUAUCCUGCCCGUAUAUCCCUAUAUUAUAUCCUAUCCCUGAAAUCCUACACCAGAUUAUGUAUCCUGCCACUACACCUUGUCCAUACACCCCAUCCCUGAAAUCAUACACCUAUAUCCUAUCCAUACAUCCCAUCCUAAAGUCCUACAUCUUUAUCCUACCAAUAUCCCCAGUCAUAUACUCGAGUUCCCUUUAUCCUGCCACAUCCUGCCACACACCCCCACUCCCUGUAUCCUACCCUACACCCACUCCUGUAUCCUAUACCACUGCACCCCAUCCAUGCAUCCCAUCCCUGUGUCCUACCCUAACAUCCUGCCAUACACUCACUCCCUGUAUCCUAUGUCCCAACAUCCUACGGUGCCUAAAUCCUGAUUACUUAUUGUACCCACUACAUAAUCCCUAAUCCCACACCUGACGCCAUUAUCCUAUCCUAUUCCUACACCUGAUGCCAGGCUACAUUUCCUGCACCUUGCACCUCGCACCUUAUGCACUUCACAUGCCAUCCUGCACCUCUGCACCUCCUCAUCUACACCUCUCCGCUGAUGAAAAUGUCCCCGAUGCUCGGUUGAGGCCUCACGCCCCCACCGCCGCUUCCGUAACCUGGGGCUAAGGUGACGCUUCUCCUCGACGCCUCAGUCCUGGUGGUGGGAGAACAGUGCCAUACCCAGGUAAGCCAUCAAGGCACCUGUGUGGAGCCACGAGCCAGGUGGAGUAAAGAGGUGAAGGUGACGCAGUAACGAGGAAAGAAAAUGACGUUCAAUAUGAUGACGGAAAAUGGAUAAUGAAGACACAAAUAUUAACCUCGAGAUAAAUAUGGACGAUGAGUUAGUAAACGAGAGAGAUGAUUCAAGAGGAGACAAUGGAACCAGGCCACGGACUUGGCUUCACCUGCUAAAUUCGUCUUCAUGCAGUCCUUAAUUCAUGAUCCGCAGCCACUCCAUCCUGGCGCUCAAGACCUUCGUAAGAACACAAGACUGCAAAAGACUAGCUGACCUUAAAACUAUCUGUCAUCACCACCAGAGACGCCUCAAACCUCCUCUUGUUACAUACCCUAGCUAUUUAGUUUUGCCUACAUUAGCUCUCACCUGUCAUCACGGCGUAAGGUAUGUACUGGUUCAUCCUGCAGGCCUUCGCCAUGAAUUAUAUAUUUAAUUGUGUAUGUUCAAUGUCAGCCACGGA